UAUGUGAGGCAUGUUGCUGUUUGCUAUUUGAGAAUUUGGUAGCUUGAUUUCUAUUGCUGGUAUGGUAUGUGAUUGAUUCUGUGUUGUACCUACUUGGAACCUUCUUGGUAUUUCAAUAGCCAACUAGGAAAAGUAGCUCUGUUGGUCUAGCAGAGGGAAUGUUAAGGGUGCUGUGAGGUAAAUUUCACUCUGAUAAUGACAGAACCUUUGUUGAAUUUAAUAUCAGUGCUUCACAGUAUUCUUUAUUGUUUCAAGUGCUGACUUAAAAAAACAAUCUUCCACUCUUGUAAAAGUUAUGGCAGCCACUAAGAUCCCUUGUUUAUGGUAAAUCUGGUCCUGAGAUGGCCUGUGUUUCAACUUCUUAGCAGUAUCUGCGAUAGGAAAUGCUGGAUCCUUAUUGAUACAUCUGGGGAUGAAACUUGCAAAUUUUACUAAUUAGCAUCACUCUGUGUACUGAGUACACAGUGCAGUAGAAUGGCAGCUCUGUAAGCAUGUUUUAACUCUCUUGUCCUCAUUUAAAGCCUACCGCAUUCUCUUGUUAAGCACAAAGUCUGACUGGGACAGGGAAGAAAACGCAUGUUGUCACUUGAGUGAUACUGCCUGAGAAAUGUUACCCAGUUAAGGGUGGGUGUUUCCUUUGGGAGAGAACAGGACUAAACAGUGCCUCCCACAUCUGUAGCUACUAGGAAGUCACCAUACUUGAGAUUAGAGAUGCUUCCUUACCUGAGUUUUAAAUCAGUGUAAAUUAGCCUUAUAAAAGGAUGGAAGUGGAAAGAUGCUAUAGUUUUAAAGGACUUGUUUUACAAAAUCUUUGUUUCUGAAAAAUGUAAACUACCCAAAGAAAUUGGAAAGUCAGUGGGAAAAACAACUAGAACCAGACCUGUACAGAAACAUGAACCUAGUUUGUUGGAUUAACUCCUUUGAGGUUAAGUUUCUUAGAUAAAAUGAGAAAACUUACUCCCAAGUACUAUUAUUUACCCAGAGUUACUCUUAUGGAUCAAGUGAAGUUGUUUUAAAUGCUCUAGCUCAGUGUCUGGUCCAUUUAAGGAAUGGCACCUAUGUCAGUAAUUCUACCUAACACUUUCCUAGACCAAAACAAGAGUUUUAAAACAUGGGGUGUGUAAAGGACAGGAUAAUAAAAUGACAGAUUAUAUGUGUAAAUAGCAGAUUCCAUUAGGCAGGGGUGUCAUGAGGAUUACUGUGAUAGUGACCUUGUUGCUAAGUACAAAAGCAAAACAAUGACAUAAAAACAAGUGUGCUAAGUACUGAGUGGAGGAGAGAGAUGGAGGCAGACGCUGCAGAAAAAAAAGCUGAUUAAAAAGAGCCCUUUGAUUCCACAUGCACAAAAAUCCACAGCCAGGAAUUUGCUGCCACCUCUGAGUCAGGCAGGGGGUGGGGAUGGGGGUGCACAAUCCCAUUAGAGAAUGCCCAGUGGAUUUAGUCUGUGGGAGUCACAUUUCUUAUUUGGACCAGUAUAGAAAGAAGCAAACUAGCUCACUCAUUUCCUGGGACAGUUGAAUUAGGGGAUGGCUUUUGCAGAGCACUCACCACUGACCCUUCACCGCCGGGACCUCUGUAGCCGCUCUAUCUGGCUAGCAAGGAAGAUUCGUUUAGACCUGACUGCUCUUAUGGAAUCUUAUGUAAAGCAUCAGGGCCUGAACAAGAAUAUCAACCUAGACUCUGUAGAUGGUGUGCCAAUGGCAAGCACUGAUCGCUGGAGUGAGAUGACGGAGGCAGAGCGACUCAAAGAGAACCUCCGGGCUUACCGUGUCUUCCAUGUCAUGUUGGCAAGGCUUUUAGAAGACCAGAGAGUGCAUUUCACCCCAACUGAAGGUGACUUCCAUCAGGCCAUACACACCCUUCUGCUCCAAGUUUCUGCCUUUGCCUAUCAGCUAGAGGAGCUAAUGAUGCUUCUGGAACACAAGAUCCCCCCAAAUGAGGCUGUUGGGUCUCCUGCCACUAUUGGAGAUGGUGGCCUCUUUGAGAAGAAGCUGUGGGGCUUGAAGGUGCUUCAGGAGCUUUCGCAGUGGACCGUGCGGUCCAUCCAUGACCUUCGUGUCAUUUCUUCUCAUCAGAUGGGAGUCCCAGCACAUGAGAGCAGUUCUAUGUCUAAGGACAAGAAAAUAUAGCAGUUAGAUGAACCCUCCGCCCCCCAUUUUUGUUACAUACAAUAUAGAUAGUUUCUGAGGGCUCAUUUCCUCAGCAGCAGUGUUUGAACAGCUUAGAUCACAGGCAUUUUCAUCAGGUAAGGUUGGCCCAUGAACAGAUGGACAUACAGAUGAGUCUGCAAUGUAUACAAGUGUAUGCACAUGUUUGUGUUUUGUGUUGGGAGUGUAAAGAAUGCAAUGGCACCAUCCUCCCACCUUAGGGCUUUAACCCUUGUAUCCACUAAGUAACCUUUCCAGGUAUUUAACAGCCUUACUGACAGAUAAAUAUUUUAACUAGCUCUGGUUGACCUGAGAAGACUGAACCAAGACAUUGGAAGUCAUGGACUAUAACCAUUCCAACUACCAUAAUAAUAAAAACAGUAACAUUUA